AUGUCCAACGCACAAGAUGCCGCAGAGGCCAACAUCCAGAUCUGGAAGAUCAAGAAGCUCGUAAAGCAGCUCGAUGCUGCUCGCGGUGCAGGUACCUCGAUGAUCUCGCUCAUUCUUCCACCAAAGUCCCAGAUCUCCCAGGCAACCAACAUGCUUACCCAGGAGUACGGUACCGCCUCCAACAUCAAGUCGCGUGUCAACCGUCUCUCGGUGCUCGCCGCCAUCACCUCCACACAGCAGCGUCUCAAACUCUACAACAGGGUACCCGACAACGGUCUCGUAGUAUACUGUGGCACUAUCCUUACAGACGAAGGCAAGGAGAAGAAGGUCAACUUCUCCUUUGAGCCUUUCAAGCCCAUCAACACCUCACUCUACCUUUGCGACAACAAGUUCCACACAGAAGCGCUAAGCGAGCUACUCGAAGCGGACGCCAAGUUCGGCUUCAUCGUCAUGGACGGUAAUGGCUCGCUCUUCGGUACGCUCUCCGGAAACACGCGCACAGUACUGCAGAAGCUCUCGGUGGACUUGCCAAAGAAGCACGGUCGUGGUGGUCAGUCAGCGCUCCGUUUCGCCCGUCUACGUGAGGAGGCCCGUCACAACUAUGUCCGCAAGAUCGCAGAGCUCUCCACCCAACACUUUAUCACCGACAACAAGUGCAACGUCGCCGGUCUCGUGCUUGCAGGUUCCGCCGACUUCAAGACCGAACUCAGUCAAUCCGACAUGUUCGACUACCGUCUCCAGCCCAAGAUCGUCAAGAUCGUCGACGUGUCCUAUGGUGGCGAAAACGGUUUCAACCAGGCAAUCGAGUUGGCAGCAGAGACGCUUUCUAAUGUCAAGUUCGUGCAGGAGAAGAAGCUCAUCCAGAAGUACUUUGACGAGAUCUCGAUGGAGACCGGCAAGUACUGCUUCGGUCUGGAUGACACCUUUAAGGCGUUGGAUCUGGGUGCGGUGGAGACCCUGAUCGUAUGGGAGAACCUCGACGUCACUCGCUACGUGCUCAAGGACAGCGAAGGAAGCCAGCAGGUGUUGAUGCUCACGAAGGAGCAAGAGAAGGACCGCACGCGCUUCAUGGACCGUGCCACUGGUGAGGCCAUGGAGCAAGUCGAAGAGCCUAUGCCGCUGCUCGAGUGGCUCGCGGAAAACUACCGUCAGUUCGGUACCAACCUGGAGUUCGUCACGGAUCGAUCGCAGGAGGGCAUGCAGUUCUGCAAGGGCUUCGGUGGUAUCGGUGGUGUUUUGCGAUACAAGGUCGCAUUCGAGGACAUGGCCGUCUUUGAGGACGACGACGAGUUCAUGAGCGACGACUCGGAUGACUAA